AAAUCCACUUUGCGUGACCCAAACGCCUUUGUAAACGCAAAUACUAUCUGUAAAAUUAACAGUGACAUAGUCUGUACAGAGAGCAGAGCUGUGGGAGGGACCCAGCAGCUCCACCCUCUAGAGGCUGCCUGCAGAAAACUACAGGAGGGGGUGGAUACAAGACCAGUCAAUCUGUACAAGGAGAGAGAGCAGCAGAAGUUUAUGAAUGGAGACAAAGCUUCAAACAUGAUUACUGCACAGAUCUGGAAGAAAUACACAAAGCACGGAAAGCUUUAAGUACAUACA